GUCAGGGGGUAUAAGUAAUAUAACAGCAGGAGAACCAAAUGUCCAAACCGUGGAUUCUCGUCUCCCCGGCAAGCCGCGGCAUCGGCCACGCCCUGACGCGGCACCUGCUCCGGACAACGACCGCGCCUAUAUUAGCAACGGCCCGGGCUGAUCUACCAGGCCUACGGACGUCUAUCCUAGAUAAUCUAUAUACGUCGUCGUCGUCGUCACCUCCCGAAUCCGUAGGAGACAAAGACGAAGCAUCAGCCUCGGCAGCCGCCAAAAGACUACACGUAGCCCGAGUCGACGUAACAGACGAGUCCACGCUCCGCUCCGCCUCCUUAGAAGCGUCCAGGCUAUUCCCGCCGGAAACGCACCACCUCCGUCUCGCGUUCGCGCUCCCCGGGAUCCUCCUGCACCCAGAAAAGAGCCCUCAGGACAUCGACUACGCCCGCGCGCUGCACACCUUCCAAACCAACACCCUCGGCCCCCUCCUGCUAAUCAAACAUUUCAGCACCUUCCUCCCGCGGAAAAGCGUCGCUAUAUCCCCCGAGCCCCUAUUCCUAUCCUCCUCCGUCCGCAGUCCCAACCACGCAACCUGGCUCACGGCCUCGGCGCGCGUGGGCUCCACGGCGGAUAACAGGCUAGGCGGGUGGUACACGUACCGGGCGUCCAAGGCGGCCGUGAACAGCCUGACCAAGACGUUCGACAACCAUCUGCGGGUGCGGUGCGCGGAUGCCGCGGGGGCUAUCGCGUAUCAUCCGGGCACGGUGCGGACGGGCUUGAGCCGCGAGUACUGGGACCGCGUGCCGGCUGGGCAGCUAUUUACCCCCGAGUACGCUGCUGAGCGCAUGUUGGAGGUGGUGCGGACGAGGGAGAUUAGCGAGGAUAGGGGUCGUUGCUGGGACCAUCGGGGGGAUGAGAUUCUGCCUUGAGCUUGAUAUAAUUUAGGUACCUAAUUUAGAGCGAGC